AUGACAAUAAUACAGACGAAGAGGAUCAAGAAGUUAAGAAGAAAGAAUCUAAAAAAAGAAAAGGUGAAGCAUCGAAUAAGAAAAAAUAACAAGAAGACUCCAAAGUCUGAUGAUGCGAAAAGUAAAAAGGAUAGCUAUUCUGCAGAUGAGGAAGAGGAAGAAAUAAAAAAUAAAUCCUCCAAAAAGAGAAAAGUCGAGCAAAAUAAGAGGGAGGAAAAGAAAACCCCGAAGUCUGAAGCCAAACUUGACAGGCGGUCUGAAGAUAACAUAUCUGUAGCUUCUCGCGCUUCUAGCAUUGGUCGUCGUUCUCCGUCAACUUCAUCUCAACAACGUAACGUGGAAAAUACGCGAUCCACUUCCAGCCGAAAAUCAAAGGAAAGGCUCAGAAAUCAUAGCUGA